AUGCGACGAGUCGAACGUCGAUCAGCUGUGAGCAAUAUGGUGACGAUUGUAGGUGACUGACAUUACCGGUGAUGAUGAUCGCGUGAUUUAGCGAGUGCCGCGAGUAACCUCUCGGCACCGUUUCGACGAUAUCUGAAGCUUUUCCGGACAGCGCAGGUGUCCCAAAAUUAUGGGUUGAAUAGUGAAAAGCGAACAAGUAGAAGAUGCGUAGUGUAAUAUGCUACACCCGCUAGUAUCUUCGGACAGAGAUAAACGCGCCUAAAGUUUAGAUCAAUUAGAUACUUUUUUAUUUCAUGUAUCUUCAUUACUCUUGAAAAUCACUAUAAUACUAAUAUGAGUAGUGACGUUGCGUCGGAGAAGCUCUCGUUGCAUUCGGUCCUGAAACUCAACAGCAAUGACUUCAAAGAAUUCAUCUGUGGAUGGGGCGCCGCUGUCAUCAAUGUUAGCGUCACUUUUCCUGUUAACAAGGUCAUAUUCAGACAGAUUUUGGAAGGUGUGCCAGUGGGUGCUGCGGUAGGACAGAUGUCACGGGAGGGGAUACAGCUGCUCUAUCGUGGUAUUCUGCCGCCGCUCUGCCAAAAGACCCUGUCGCUCAGUCUGAUGUUCAGCAUCUACGAAGGGUGCAGGCAGAGGUUCUGCCUGCUGACGGGAAACGCUGUAGUGGCCAAGGUGCUGGCAGCUAACAUAGCUGGUGCAGCGGAAGCUAUCCUGAUGCCGUUUGAAAGAGUGCAAACGCUGCUGCAGGACUGGCGCUACCACACCAAGUUCAAGAACACGUCGCACGCGUUCAGGUACCUGCUAACGAAUUACGGGGUGACCGAGUGUUACCGCGGCAUGGUUCCCAUCAUAUGCAGAAACGGCCUGUCCAAUCUGAUGUUCUUCACGUUGCGCGACCAGUCGAAGGAAUUGAUGGGCACGCAGGAGACGCUCUUGACGAACUUCGUCAGCGGUGCCCUGAUCGGUGGCUUCACCAGCACGGUGUUCUAUCCGAUGAACGUGAUGAAGAUACACAUGCAGACGAAGAUAGGCGGCAACUUUGAGAACCUCCUGGCUGUUACUCGCGAAGUAUACAUCUCCCGGGAUCGAAGUUUGAGUUCAUUUUACAAAGGCGUACACCUGAACUACAUGCGGUCCUUUAUCAGUUGGGGCGUGAUAAACGCGGCGUACGAUUUUUUGAAGGAUAUUAUUUUUUAAGAGUGGUUGCUUCAUAGGCACGGAUGUAUUUAUUUUGUAUUAUAUUUAUUUAGAAAGUCAUAUUUUUCAUAAUGCUCCGCGCUUUGUAUAUAGUAGGUAUUAAAUGGUGAUAGGAAACUUUAUUUUUUAUAAGGAGUAAGUGACGCGGCCGCGCACAUUCUUCUGCUGUAAAUACGCAGAAUUGCACAGAAAAGAGUUAAGUAUUAUGUGUUCAUGUAAGAUUUAGCGUUAUAAUAUAUUUGAAUAAUAUUAGCUCAAUAACUCAUUUUUUAAAAAUCAAGAUCAAUAAUCAAAGAAGGUUUUUGAAUUAUGUUAAAUUUCUUUCUUAUUUGUACAGGAUAAUUUUAGAUGUAGGAAAAAGAAUUUAGAUGUGUGUAGAUAUAUAGAUAUAUGUAAUUAAUAACGUCAUGAAAUUAUUGAUAAUUUAACUUUCCCUUUGUAUAAAUAUGUGAGAAGAAUUUAUACUUGUUUAAAUAUGUACAAUUUAAAGAUGGAUAAUUAUUCCAAUGGGGAACAAAUAUGAUUAAAUGAAUAGAUAAACAACUUGCCUGAAAUUAUGUGCAAAAUACCAUUUAGAGAUUGUUACAAUAAAACUCCUGUAUAUUUUGUUUAUUCUAUUACAUCAAUAUAUAAAUUGUAUAUAAUUAAAUCAUGUAAAAAUAUUUCAUGGGAACUGUCUGAAUGUUUAGUCUUUGGAAUUAGACAACUUAUGAUAGUUAAUAUAUAACAUUAUGUCACAAAUAAUUUGAAUAAUUUCGAAAUAGGGAAUGUUUUAUAUUAAAAACAAUUUACAUGUGAUAUUAUAUAAAGUGAAAACGUCACGAAGAUUUCCCUCGUAUUAAAAUGUCUGCAGAUAUUGAAUGAAAUUUGUUAUCUGUUAUAUACGUUCAUGUAUGUAUUAUAAUAUGUAUUGUGAUAAAACAUGAAAAUGUCAAACGAAUAGAAAAUGUUAAAAUUAUAUAUAAUUUCG